AUGAUGAAGUCUGGGCCGAAACAACAGCGAUGGCCACAGAAAGAGAUGAAUUCACAAGAUGCUCCAGGGGCAGAGGAAUUGACAGAAUCUAGCAACCAACUUCAGAAUCAGAGAGAAAAGGUCCAGGCUGCCAGCAUGCAUGACUACGUUGCAACCAUCUGCCCACCUCUCUGGCUUACCGACAGGGAUUUUGCAGGCACACGACAGAGAAAAGGAGAUGAGCCGGGGACUCGAGGCCCGAAGGAGAGGCGGGCGGCGCGAUGCCGCUCCCCGCGAGCUCCGGAUCCCCGGGCGGCUGGCGGGGAGGCGAGGCUUGGCCGGCCCGCCGCGCUCAGGCGGCGGAGGGCAGCGAGGUCAGCCCGGGAAGGGCCGACCGCCCCCACGCCCCCCGGGGAGGGAGGGACCCCGUUCGGCCGGCCGGGACUGCGGAUGCCCAUUCAACCCCAAGCCCGUCCGGCGGCCGCCACCCCUUCGGCCCGCCGCGGCGUCCCGGCCUCCCGCCGCCGGCCAGCCCGCCGCCCCGCCGCCGCCUCCGGGAGGCUGGGGAAGGACGAGGCGCAGGGGCGGCCAGUGCCGCGCCUCCCGGGCGCGCGGCAAAGGCUGCAGGGCGGCCCGAGGGACGCGCGCCGGCCCGAGGGACGGGCGCCCCGGGCGGCCAUCGCGCCGACCCCCGCGCAGACCCCCGCCCCCGCCGCCUCCCCGUCCAGGCCGCCGCCGUCCAGCCAGCUCCUCACCUCAUCUCCAGGCGGGUCCGCGCUGCCGCCCCAGGGACAAAUCAGUGCAGCUCCCUCGCGGCGGAGAGGGACGCAGGAGCCGCAGCCCGGCACACCAUCCCCGCCCGCCUGCCCGCCUCUCCGCGCGUCCCGGAGCCCGCUCGGGAUUCUCCCUCGCGAGCCGCCGUACUACGGAGCAACCAAGCUGCGCUCCCUCCCCGCUCCUCCGCUCUUCUCUACCUCCUUCUUUCCCUCCCUCGCUCCCUCGCUCCCACCUAUCUCCUCAUCUCCCUGGGUUGCCUCUCCCGCCCCCAUCCACCUCUCCAUCCCCGCCCACAGAGGGGUGGGAACCAACAGUCCGCCAAUCCGAAGAAGGGGCCCGCACCUCCUUACCGCCCCCUACCGCUAUCCCCGCCCACCACAAGAACGGGAACGGCCGGCUGUAAAAAAAAAAAAAAGGAAGAAGACGGAGUGACAGCCAAAUCAACCAAUCAUCAGGCGCAAAGGAGGCGGGGAUUAGGACUCCCUCUUCUCCCUGCCCUCUUCCCAGAAGGCGUAACCCGAGGCUUUUGGUCAGGGAUUUCCCUGACGGGGUUUAUGGAGGUUUUGUUCCAAGGUGUUGGUGCAUCUCUCCGUUGUCGUGAGAGGCAAUAGUUAGGAUGCACUCAACUAAAUUAGUUACAAGAGGUUUUAAAGGAGAGAACAACGCGGAGGCGAAAAAGAGGCGGGCCACACUCCAAGGAAGGUGGUAGGGAAAACGGUUGGAAUG